UUAAUGGCGUUCCGAAAUUACAUCGCAAGUUGAAUUCUCGCGAUACGAGGAUUUUUUUAUUAUCUUGUUUUUUCGGUUUUCAAUGGCGUAAUAAUAAAAAUUAGAUACACAUGUUAUUAUUGAUAUUAUUACAUGUAUUAUUAGUCGCGCGUGCUGGUCUAAAUCGAUACGAGGCUGACGUGUCGAGUUAAAUAAUUUGCUCCGAAGUGACAGAUUUUUAUUGUGCGUGUCAAUCUUUUCGCCAAUAACAGCGACGACUUUGAGGUGGUUUCAUUAAAAUUCAUUUUUUACGUGGGACUUGCGUAGUAUAAAGAUCGCAGCAGCACUGCAAUUCGCGCCAUCCCACCACAUGGUAUGCACGUUAUUUCUCGCGUAGUCGCGUAGGUAGGUACCUAAAAUGUAUGUAUAAUACAAUAUAAUAUAGUCAGGUACAGCGUCGAUCGACGGUCGUGUUUUUGGAUGAUUUUUUUGUCGUCGUAUUUAUCGUAAUUUAUCACCUACACUGUGAAGAGAUUACGCGGCCACUUGUGUCGGUUAAAUUAUAAUGCACCAAUAAGUACAUGCGCAGAGUUUCGCAACGCGUCCAAAGCGAAUCGACGUUUCGUUAUCGAUCUGCAAUCCUCUCGCAUACGCAAAUAUACUUAUGAAGAAUAUACAUAGGCGCCUAUAGCAUAAUACGAUUCGUCUAAUACAUUGACUGCCGACUAGGUUAUUCUGCUAGCCGCAUUGCUUCGUUACCUCGGCAUAACCACAUUAUAAUCUCCGAAGACUUACACGACAUCAAUAAACUCGUAAAAGCGUUUCGAAGUCAGUCCAAAACGCCUCGAUCGACACCAAUCAGCAUGAUUUCGACUAUGAGCACCAUCAAAGCUCUGCGGUGUUCCGCAAUUGUACUGGCGAUCGUAUUCGUCGCGUCUUCAGCGUCGUAUUCUAGGAUUGGCUUCGAUAAAUAUCAUAACCAUAAAGAGAUGACCAAUUAUUUGAUGCAAAUAACCGACGAGUUUCCCAAUAUCUCGUCGCUGUAUUCGAUCGGCAAAUCGGUUUUAAAACGUGAACUGUGGGCUGUCAAGUUGACUACUGCAAACGAACUACUGGGUGUACCAAACGUCAAAAUCGUUGGCAACAUACACGGUAAUGAGCCCGUGGGAAGAGAAAUCAUUUUACAUCUGAUUCAAUACUUAUUGGAUAAUAAUUCGAAAAACAAAGCGAUUAAUAAUAUGUUGCGAACUACCGUCAUUCACUUGCUGCCGAGCAUGAAUCCAGACGGAUUCGAACGGUCCUCGCCUCAGCCUUGCCCUAACGAUGGAAUGCAGAGGUCGGGUUCUAGAGAAAACGCUAACGCUUUUGAUUUGAAUCGAAAUUUUCCGGACUUUUUCAAUCCACACACAGUGCCACUGCAACCCGAGACUAAAGCAAUGAUGGGGUGGUUAAAAUCUGUACCGUUCAUCAUGUCUCUAGGCUUACAUGGUGGUGCUUUGGUGGCCAAUUUUCCUUACGAUGGUUCAUUGGAUUCGGAUUCUAGUUAUAACCAUAAUAUCAAAAAUAUGGAGAGUUUAACACCAGACGAUGACGUAUUUCGGUUUUUGGCGAAACAAUAUGCCGAAUUGCACCCGACCAUGCAUAACGGUCUAAGUUGUGAAGAUGAAUAUAACUUAAAAUUCAAAGACGGCAUAACAAAUGGAGCUGCUUGGUAUCAAGUAAUAGGAAGCAUGCAAGAUUACAAUUACGUAUGGCACGGGUGUAUGGAAAUCACUUUGGAAAUGUCUUGUUGCAAGUACCCACCGGCUUCAUUUUUGGAAUCUCACUGGAAAGACCAUUUAAAGCCACUUUUGACAUGGGUGCAACAAGCGCAAAGAGGCAUUAAAGGUAUCGUCACCAACCGAAUAACCGGUAAACCUAUACCAAACGCGACCGUUAGCCUUACGGACCGUGAAAACUACGUCAACACGACUGUGCACGGAGAAUACUGGAAAAUACUACUUCCUGGAGUAUACAAGUUGCGUGUGAACGCGACCGGAUACGACGAAAAAAUCGUCCGAGUGAAGGUGCCGGAGGAGCAAGAGGAUCAGGAAGAAGGACCCCGGCCGCAAUUGGUGAACGUCCAAUUGGACCCGACGAAGACAAAGAUGACGACAGCCGAUGGCGGCAGCAGCACCGUAAGUGACAGCGAUCACUACAACACGUAUUGGGUGUCGGGCAGCGACGAACACCGCGCGACAGAUCGGGCGGUGUUGUCUGCCGAUACGGAUGUCGUACUUAUCGGCGCUGAUCGGCCUUUGGCUGGCGUGCAAAAGUCGUUCGUCGACAAGGGCUUGUUGCUGGUGGUGAAUGUGAAUGGUGAGGAUGGUGAGGAGGACGACGGCUACUACGACCCCAGUCGUGGUAACCGAUACGACGUCAAUCGACUGCAGUCGAUGCGACCGCCGUUGCCCGUUCAGUCAUCGUCCUCCCGUUCCGGUAACCACUUUCCAUCUCCGGACUCAUCUCUAACCAGAGCGGUAACAAUGCUGUGCCUAUUGCCGUUCUCGUAUUUCAUUGUCCACAUACUUUCGUGAUCAUUGUCAUAAUGAUCGCUUAACUAACAUAACAAUUAUAUCAUCGUAUAUUAUUAGAUAUAAUAUUGACAUAUUAUUGUCAUUUAACUAAGUAUAUAGACAAUUAGACAAACUAGUACAUAGUUACUUAUAAAUGUCUCAGCCGAUAGGUACAGCACUAGGUGGCGGCUAACCUGCAGUAGUUACAAUGUCGUUUCCGUGCAUGGAAAACUUUACGAGGAAAACUACAAACUCAAAAAUCUUGAACUAAGACGAUAAUAUAUUUUAUGUGAUUUAUGUACAACAGGGGUCACCAAAUGGCGCCGGCCCGAGGACACAUUUUAUUCGGCCUACAGACAAAAAAAAAGAAAUUAAAAACCAAUAAUAUACGUCCUAGAGUUGUAAUGUAUCUCAUUUGAUUCAUUGGUUUUUAUUGAUGUCUGGACUCUGCAAUUUUGAUGGCCUGCGAACAAUUUCCAGAUUCCUCAUGUAGCCUUUCAAAAAAAAUUAAUUAAUACCCCUGGUGUACGACAUGGACACAUAGUAAUACUCACUAACAACUUAUUACAAUACUAUACGAUUUUUCAAGUGAAAUUUUAUGUUCGUUUGUGUACUGCAGUGUGACACGAUAUUUUAUAAUACAAUAUUAAUUGGGUACCCUCACGCCACUCGACGACAGUGUUUUAUUACAUCUAAUGUCGCUGGUCAAGUAUCAUCAUUAUCAUUAUUCAAUUAUUAUUUUUUUUUUUAUUGUCCGUGUACGUUUUUGUUUUCUAACCGUUGUAUGUCUGAUAUGAGGAAUUUAAAGGUAAUUUUUCUCAUGCCUUCGUAAUUAUAUAUGUGUAUAUUUAUGUAUUUAUGUAGAACAUCGUAAUUUAUACGAUUAAUCUCUAAUGAGUAAUGACUGAUAAUGUAUUGUGUAUGUUUUGUGUGUCUAUAUAAUUUACGAGGCCCUUGGCGCUUGUGCAUAGUUCAUAUACGAAAUAAAUUAUAAAACACGAAAUAUUUUCGACUGCUAAAAAUCAAGCAUUGAAGUAGCAUCGCCCAUUUGAUUACAAUAUUUGUAACAUUUAUACUUUAUUAUACUAAUAAAUAAUAAUAUAAUUAUAUUAAUUGAACCAUAUUUGUGUGCGUGUAUGUAUUUAUCUAACGAUCGUAUUGCUUAUUAAUAUAUACAAUCCGGUGGUGAUGGGAAUCAUCCAGACAAAGAUAUAAUCA